AUGGGGAAUGAGAAAGCCGUCUCUGGAAACACCAUACCGCUCCAUUCUCGCCCUAUAACUCGUGCCCUUGCUUCUGCUCUGCGUGCUUCUUCUAAUCUUUCAGAAGUGGUUGCUACUACUACAGUGAUCAACCAGGAAAGGGUUCUGAGAGCAAACAGUAAAAGAACAGCCUUGGAUGAUAAGAAAUCCAAUAAUGCACCUAAGAGGCGAGCUGUUCUUAAUGAUAUCACAAACGUUACCUGCGAGGAUUCUUACUCACGCUGCUUCAAUGCAGCAAAAAUCCAGGUGGAGAAUAUCAAACAGAUAAAGAAGGAAAGGGCAAGUUCUCCCAAAGUGGCAACAUCUUCUUCUACUUCAGAAGUUACAGAUGCAGAGGUACAAGUUGUGUGUACAGGCACGAGCUUAGACACAAACGAAGCAUCUUGUAGCUUUAUGGGAAAUCCGAGUUCCAAGUUGCCUCCAAGACCCCCUGGGAGAUCAACUUCUACAGAUCUAACACCUGAUCAAGUACCGUUGGAUUGGGACACAAGGACCAGAAUUGCCCUAGGAGCCGCGAUGGGUCUUGAAUACUUGCAUGACAAGGCAGAUCCUCCGGUGAUCUAUAGAGAUCUCAAGGCAGCUAACAUCCUUUUGGACAGUGACUUCAACGCCAAGUUAUCCGAUUUUGGGCUUGCAAAGCUAGGUCCUGUCGGAGACAAGCAACAUGUGUCUUCAAGAGUAAUGGGAACUUACGGGUACUGUGCUCCAGAGUAUCAAAGAACCGGUCAGUUAACCAUUAAAUCUGAUGUUUACAGCUUUGGAGUUGUGUUGUUGGAGUUGAUAACUGGACGAAGAGCACAACCUGUGUUCAAAGAACCGAGUAGAUUCCCGGAGUUAGCGGAUCCAAGUUUGGAAGGAGUGUUCCCGAAGAAAGCACUUAACCAGGCCGUGGCGGUUGCGGCCAUGUGUUUAGAGGAAGAGGCAACUGUACGGCCACUCAUGAGCGACGUUGUGACCGCUCUCGGUUUCUUGGGAACUGCUCCUGAUGGCUCUAUCUCUGUUCCACACUACGACGACGUUCCUCCUCCUCAGCAGACGGCUGAACCCUCCGGUGAGGGCCCUGUGACGGCUGAGGAACGGGAGAGAGCUGUGGCGGAGGCGAUGGAGUGGGGAGUUGCUUCAAGGGCAUAUUCUAGGAACACAAGUGCAGCACAGUCCCUAAAUCCAAGUGCAGCACAGUCCCGUAACCCCAAGUGCAGCACAUUCCAGGAAACCAAGUGCUUCUUGAUUUUAAAUUUUUUGCAUAUCUUUGUCUUCUUGAUUUAAUAUUGGAUUUGGUUGUUUUCAUCUUUUUUUUUUGAAAGUUUCAGAGACUAGUGAUAGCAGUUUGUUACCUUCUUCUUGUGUUGUAAGAUUCAGUGUUCGUUUCAAUGUGUAUAUUCCAGCUGGGUUUUCAUAGCUCGGGAAUGCAGAUUUUCAUGGAUUAUAGUCUUGGUUUCAGAUUUGAGCGUGGAUAAACUUUGUUUUAUAUUUUAGUCAAAAAAUAAACUUUGUUUUAUAGUUAACUUAUAUUGUGUUUCUAGUCAAAAUAUAAGUAAAGCUUUUAUAUAUGUCCAUGGAAGGCUACAAAGAUCAGUUAUAUAGCAACGCAUAAUCACCAUAACACAAGCAAACAAGAGAGUUAGUAUAUGUUGUCUCUUGACUCUAUAUCAAUGUUUUUAAAACCGUUCGAACCGGAAGGUAAACCUAAAAUUAUUUGGCUCGCAGUUCAAUGUGGUUUGACCGGUCAAACCUGAUUCAAUAAUUUGAUUUAAUUUAUUUUAAUAUAUAAAUUUAAAAGUAAUAUUAAUAAAUAUGAUAAUUAAUUAAAAUAUAAAUAAAAUUUUAAUAUAAAAUAUGUAAAUAUAAUCUAGUUUUUUUUCUUCAUGUUAUUAGUUUUUAGAUUUUUGAUGGUUUUAAUGGUUUCUAUUCAAUUCAAUAAUUUUGAAACUCAAUCCAGCUACGUGAUCGGCCUAUGGUUGAAUCAAUUAUUAGACUCAACCCGAUUACAUGACUGGUUCAUGGUCGAACCCGAUCCAACCAUCAGGUCGAUCCGGUUUUAAAAACACUGAUCUAUAUAAAUAAUACAAAAACUUAAUAAUAAUACAAAACGCGUGACGAAAGAAAACGAAAAACAACAAAAAUAUCUUAUCUAGUCAGUAUGUAUACCUGAAAGGCCUUAAACAUAAUUGGGCUAAUAAGAAAUUCCAAGAUGGGCUGAUAAGAAAUCCCAAGAUGAGCCGAUAAUAAAGCCUAUAUUCAAGCUCAAAACAUCCGCCAAACUCUCUCUCCCUCCCUCUCUCUUGCUCGCUCGUUCUCCCCUUCGCGCUGAUUCUCUGAUUCCACUUUGAAUCGCAAUUCAUCUUCCACAUGGUUUAGCUAGAUCUCUAUUGACUAGUUUACGCUGCGAGAGAUCUUUGAUUCAUCCUCUGUACAAUGUAUAGAAUUCAAGGAUCAAAUAAGUAU